AUGGAUCGUUUCCUCCUGAAAUCGCUGAGAUUCAGAUGUCCCUCUGAUACAGCAACAGAAGCUGACCUUGAUCCAUUUCCAUUGAGACUACACCUUAUGGAUAUUUCAGACUACAAGCAGGGGGAUCGCUUUUUACCCAACAGAAGUUUGAUGAAUCUUGAUAAAGCCCACAGUUUGUUGACAAAUAGGACCAAAGAGUUCAACACUUCAAAAUGCGAUCAAGUUUAUCGACAGAAGCUGAUUGAGCAUCUGUCUUUACAUUCCGAGGAGAGACCAUCUAGGAUUAUGGUUUUCAGAGGAAGCCCAAAAUCGAGUAGAAAGUCCAUUCGUUUUGUUGAUGAGAUGAGACAGGAGGAGGCAGCGAUGUUAGACACUGAUGGCAAAAAGACUCAUUAUCGAUGCAUCCCCAAGGGGGCAAAGAGGAUUUUGGAUGCACCAGGGAUUAGAAAUGACUACUAUGUGAACGUCAUGAGUUGGGGUAAAAACAACAUUCUUGCUGUUGCUUUGGGUCCGGAACUGUACUUAUGGAACUCAAAGGACCAGAGUGUACACAAGUUGUUGCACGUUCGUGGGAAUGAUUGCCCUACAAGUGUAAACUGGUCCGAGGAUGCCAAAACUCUAGCGGUUGGAUAUAUGUGCUCCAACCUUCAGCUCUGGGAUGCUGAGUCUUUUAAACUUAUUAGAAGCCUUCAAGGUCAUAGUGGAAGGAUAGCAUCCACUGCAUGGAAUGGCCACAUUUUAACAUCAGGAAGCCGCGACAAAUCCAUUAUCAACCAUGAUGUUAGAGCAGUAAACAAUUUGGCUUCCUGCAUUAGAAAACACACUGAUGAAGUGUGCGGCUUGAAAUGGUCAACUGAAGGCAAUAUGUUGGCAACUGGAGGCAAUGAAAAUCUGUUAUACAUUUGGGAAGCUUCCAAAAUGAGUUCAUCCAAAUAUUUGCAUCGACUCAGUGAUCAUUGUGCUGCAGUCAAGGCCCUUGCAUGGUGCCCCUAUCAGCAUAAUGUUCUUGCCUCUGGAGGAGGCCUGAGUGACGGAUGUAUUAAGAUAUGGAACACACAAAAAGGAACCUGCAUUAACAGCAUAGAAACAAAAGCACAGAUUUGUGGGCUGGAGUGGAACAGACAUCACAAGGAGAUAUUGAGUGGCCAUGGCUACAGCACAAGUGAGAAUCAAAACAAACUAUGCCUGUGGAGGUACCCUUCCAUGACCAAAGUGGGGGAGCUGGGGAAUCACAGUUCCAGAAUUAUCAACCUAUGCCAGAGCCCUGAUGGAGUAACUGUGGUAUCUGCUGAGGCUGAUGAGACUCUUCGCUUUUGGGACGUUUUUGGACCCCCUACUGCUGGAAGUUUAUCGUUUACAGAUCUUCAAGGUCUUUUGUCUUUGAGGACGACUCUAAUAAGAUAAUAGCAUGUGGAGCAAUCCUUCACAACAUGAGAGUAUCCUUCUCUGUAAUUUAUUCGGUUAUUGUAUAGAUAUUCAGAGGAUGCUUACCAAUUUUUUUCCUCUCAAACUCACUGGAUAUAUUGGGUUGUAACUUUUACUGCUCUUACGAAGGAAAUUAGUUCAUGCAAGUAUGCAACAGAGAAUAUUGAUGAAAA